AUGGCGUCGUCUAGUACGAAUAUGGAUGAUUUGGAAGUUAGAUGGGAUGAGUUACAGAUUGAUGAUGAGCAUGAAUGUGGAUUGGCAUUUGAUGAAACAGUGGAAAAUGAGGAUGACUUUGACGCAAGGUGGUGCUUGGUCGGAAAGAUACUUUAUGAGCGGUCCACUGAUUAUGAUUCAUUUCGUAAUGUCAUGGCUUCUCUUUGGCGACCGGUGAAGGGUAUGUUCGUUAAAGAACUCGAGACAAACAAGUAUUUGUUCCAGUUCUUCCAUGAGUUGGACAUCAAGUGCGUUUUGGAGGGGUCCCCGUGGACUUUUAAUCGCACUCCCAUUAUACUGGAGCGACUGAGUUUAGGAGAAAAUCCCAGGUUGGUCACUCUGAAUAAACUGGAGAUAUGGGUGCAAGUUUACAACCUUAAACCGGGAUUCAUGUCUGAUCGGAUCCUAAAAGCUUGUGGGGCGUAUAUGGGGAAAUUUGUUGCAUCAUGUCCGAAGAACUACACUGGAAUAUGGAGGGAAUACCUGCGGGUGAGAGUGAAGAUUGAUAUAGAGCAGCCUCUCAAAAGGAGGAUGAAGAUAUUCACUUCGAAGACUGGUUUUUUCUGGGCUUCGUUCAAAUAUGAACGUCUCCCAACUUUCUGUUUUGUUUGUGGCGUCCUGGGACAUUCCGAGAGCUUUUGCCAUAAGUUGUUCGAUGAAGGAGAUGAAAACAUGCCUCGGCCUUAUGGGAUCUUCAUGAGGGCUCCUGACCGCAGAGGACAACGGAAUAUUGGGGCAAGGUGGCUUCGGGAUAAUAUGGCAAGGCCUCUUGAAUCGGCUCCGGAGGUGAAUCGCUUGGGGGCUGAGAAUCGAUCAGGCCGAGGGGGUGCUGCCAUGGUGCCGCGAAAUGCUCGGAGUAAUGGAGAGGAUCGUGGCCUUGAUGAAGGAGCAAAUCGUGGAAUUAUUGGGGGAGAGAUCCGUGGCCUUGAUAGAGGUGAAAAUCGUGGGAAUAUUGGGGGAGAGAUCCGUGGCCUUCAUAGAGGAGAAAAUCGUGGGGAUAAGGUGGGAGAAUAUCGUGUUGACUCUGGGAGAGAAGAUCUGGUAUUAAUUCGGGGGCAAGAUACUAGGGGUAGUCCGAAUAAUAUGCUCCAAUUAUCAACCUUUAAUGAGAAUGAGGUGGCAGCUGCAGGAGUCAAAGGUUGA